GUUAGUAGACAUUUAUCAAUAUUUACACAAGUCAUCCUGUGUAAAACAUGCAAAUUCUAUUGUGAAAAUUUGACAGCGGAAAAACUGAUAAAAAUGCUUCAUAACUCAGAUGCAAUAUCCUCAAAUGAAGUUUCCUAGUGUCAGGAACAUGAUUUAGCCAUUGCCCGGCAUCUCAGAGGUGUAGCCUAAUCAUAUUGAUGAAAGAGGUGUCUCAGGAUCAGAGGUGUUAAUACGUUGGUAGGGCUGGUCUUUGCAUUCACUGUGGUGAACAAGCACCACUUGUUGCCAAAUUCAGCUCAGGUCUUCCACAUUCAACACUUAUCUUUAGUCAAUCAAAUAUUUAAAUCUUGUAUUCUUGGACUGAAAGUCAACUUUGAAUAACUCCUGUAAAAAGAUGGCAAGCAAACCUAUGGUAAGUCAAUUAGACUCAUCGCAGCAAAAGAUUUUAGCUGAAAAUGCAAGUAAUCAAGGGGUAAAAAGGUUAACUUAUGGUCUCUUGACAGCCUGGCUCCUGCUCGCCCCCCCGCAGCCUUCCACUUCAGGCGGCAUCUGAACCCAGCGGCUUCCACCAUGCCGUCACCGGGGGCGGCGGGACCAGUCUGGAGGCGGUAAUGGAAAAUCUACAGCGCCAACAGGCAGCUCGUUUUGCCGUAGAGGAGAAGCUCCAGCAGGAGGGAACAAACAGAACUUUCCGCAGUAUGGUACAGUCCCAGAUCCACCAGCAAGCUGUGGCUUUUAGCCACUACCACGGCGCUCUGGGCAACACUGUCGCAGCUGGAGCUGGUUCCUCCACCGGGAUGACGCGUCUUCACCCGGAGGACAAGGACGGGGAUUUAAAAUCUUGCAGUGGUGAGGAGGUGUGGGUCACAGAUGAGCAGGGGAUCACUGAUGAAGAGGAAAGUCACAAAGACAUGUCAAACUCUUUCCAACUCCACGAAGCUUGUCUGUCUCCAAAGGGCGCCACGGUGAGCUUCCUUACCACUGAUCAAGUUUCACGCACAGAGUCUCCGUCCGCGCGCUCCCAUUCCCAGCAAGAGUGGACCUACGAGGAGCAAUUUAAACAGUUGUAUGACCUUGAUGAAGAUGAAAAGCGCAAAGACUUUCUUGAUGACCUUUUCAAUUUCAUGCAAAAACGAGGGACUCCAGUGAAUCGAAUUCCUAUCAUGGCAAAGCAGGUGCUGGAUCUCUACAUGCUUUACAAGCUUGUCACAGAAAAAGGUGGCUUAGUGGAAGUCAUCAAUAAAAAGAUAUGGCGUGAGAUUACCAAAGGCCUCCAUCUCCCAACCUCUAUUACUAGUGCAGCAUUUACUCUCCGGACACAGUAUAUGAAGUACCUCUAUCCAUAUGAAUGUGAAAAGCAGGGACUGAGCUCUCCUGGUGAACUUCAAGCAGCAAUAGACAGCAACCGUCGGGAGAGCCGUAGGCAGAACUACAGCUCUACCAUCUUCAGCUAUUCUGUCGCAGACCCACAGACUUCUCUUCCAACAACAAAAAUACAACCACAUGUACCAAUGCUUUGUCACCAAAGCAACUAUAUCACCCAGGCCCCUACUGUCAAAAGAGAUGAUAGACAAGAGUCCAUAUUGAACCUGUCUACCAACGGCAUUAACAGCAUCAACAUGUCAAUAGAAAUAAAUGGAGUUGUCUACACAGGCGUCCUCUUUUCCCAGCAGUCAACAGUUGCAGGGAUUAUGGAACACCGCAGGAAGCAGAGUAACACUGAAGAAAAGACCAGGGCAACAUUUUUCCAACCCUCUUGUUUCUCUUAUUCUACCGUUUCUCUUCAUGGACAAAGAAACUCUUCCAAGUGACCUGAAUGGGCCAAAUUAGAAUUUGCUCCUUUGUUCUUCAAGACAAAAAGAACAUUUCAACACCGUGAUAUUUUUAAGCUUUUUGGCCAUCUACCCCUGAUUCCAGAAGGAUUUUAGGAACACAAUAUACACCAAUGAUACUUUUGCAACACUUUUGAUCAAUUUCCUUACUAGCCUUUGAAGAAAGAAACAUGAACAUAAGUAUAACGCAUCAAACACAGCUGCACUGCAAACAUCUUACAAAAUGACUUUUGUAACCAUUUAGUUUCAUGUGCUCAUUAGAAACGUUGCUCAAAUUAACUGAUUACAAAAAUUUCUACCGUGGCUUUUGCUUCAAUGUUGUGAGACGUUUUUACCACUCAAAAGAGUAUUGUAGUAAACACACAUUAUUCUUUGAAAGAAUUGCUUUACCUCCUACUAUCUCACUAUAAUAUCAUACUAUCUUAUUACAUUCAUAUUUAUUAUUUCAUUAUUAAAUUAUUAUUAUAGUUAAGUCAUCAUAUCAAGUCAUUAUAAAGAGAUUUUUUAUCACAUACUUUACUUUCCAGAAUUUAUUCUUUUUACCUUUCUUAUUGCAGCCAAGCCAUCCUCAUUUGAUUAAAUCAAUGGGAAUUUUAAUUAUAAAAGUUUACAAAUAAAAACCCAUUAUUGAUUAAUUACACAGAUGUUUUCAGUUUUUAGGUUUAAUAAUUUCUUAGUUACAGCUAAUAAAAUUAUGGCAUUUAAGAUUAGAUUAUUACUGUACAUCAGGGGUCACCAAACUCGGUCCUCGAGGGCCGGCAUCCAGCACGUUUUAGUUCUCUCCCUGGUGGCACCAACAACCUUUUCAGCUUGUCAAUGUUCUUCUUAGGCCUUCUAACAAGCCAUCAUCUGAUUCAGGUGCGUUAAACCAAGGAGAGAACUAAAACAUGCAGGAGGCCGGCCCUCCAGGACCGAGAUUGGGGACCCCUGCUGUACAUCAACAGUGAAGAAUAUGUGUAAUACCUGCUUAAAGCUUAUUUUCAAAAGAUACUUUUAAUCUAACAUACAAGACUUAUUGGCACUCAUGCUAAUUUAUUAAAUAUUACAUUCUAUGAAGAUUGUACAUUUUGUCAGUUUGGGUCCUCCAAAGAAUUGAACUUUGUACCAAAACACUUUAGUGUGUCUUUCAGUAGCUAUGUCAUUUUGUCAAGGACCGACAAAAAUCUAUGGCUUUUUAACAUAGUGUUAAUUUUAAGCAUGACUUAUCAGCAGAAUGAUAAUCAAUAGGGAAGUUACAAAACAUGGCAAGGAUUCAAUCUUUGGAAAUAAUUAGAUGAAGUUGUGAACAGAUGAUGGAAAAAUGUCAGUAAGUGUUUCUGAGACAAAUAUCACUUGCUACAACCAAGCAUGUCUUGUCAGUUUUUUUUUUUUUUUUUUUUACAUAUAUUGAUGAAUAUAAUAAACUGUCUAGCUUCACAGUUUGUUGUUUUAUUAGUUUCUUUUGUAAACUUAAUGAUUUUCUUAAUGAUUUUAAAAUAGAGAAAGUAUAAUACACUGAUAUACUGUCUGGUUGAAAAAUUCAUAACACCUUGCAAUAAAAAAAUCCUCAGCACCAAAACCAAGUUCACUUGGUAUAAGUGCAAAAAAUAAAUAAAUAAAUCAUCUUCAUAUGGUAUAUAUACAUUCCUACAUACACACAUACAUGUACACGCCUACACACACACCCAGUUCACAUGGCACAAUUUAACAUUUUUUGCCCCGAUUUUUUUCUUAGAACUUGGAAUGUUUUAAGAUUGUCCUAAGAUUGACACUUGCAAUAAUUUCAACCGAUCAUCCUGCCUGUGUGGUGUAUUAAAUAAAAUGUCCGACCGCUCCGACCUAAAAUCAGGGUUAUUCAAAAUGUUGGAUUAUCUAGAACAGGUGUUCUGUUUAUCUGUGCUACCCAUAAAUCCAUCCUACCUUAUGGUAAUGCGCACAUCGAUGCUACGUUACAUACUGCUGACUCAGCAGAUUUCUUGUAAAUCCGUCCUACCUGUGGAAGUUUCGUUUCAUGUGUUUUAUAUCAUCGCAGAUUACGGUAAGCUUCAUUUAAUUUAUUUUAUACCUGGUUUUCAUUAAGCUGCUCUAUUACUUCAGGUUUUUAGUUUACAUGACAGGCAGCUUAAUAUAUUUUUAAAUGGCUAUAGUUUGUUGUCUGCAAAGUUGUUACUACUGUAAACAAGUCAUUGGUUGGUGGUUAAACAGGACAAAAUACAUUGUUUUGUGGGCUAUUUUGUUCAUAUACUUUAAAAUAUUUUUAGUUUAAUUACACUUUUUUUUUACUAAACCUUGCUGAAUAGUCAUUGGCAGCAAUACUAUGUGAGAUUGAAGCUGUGUAAUAUGAUUGUAUAUCAAUCAUAUCCUAUCAUUUCAGGAACACAGUGACCUGUGCAGUUCGGUGGACACAUUGUGGUUGUGCUGCUUCUGAUAAAGACCGUCAUACAAUGGAUUAAUACGCAAAAGAGAGUUGCAAUGAUCUGGAUUUGUGGAUGUUUGUGUUUAAUUGAAUUCCAAUAAAAACGUGUUUUCCCUGUCUGAUACUGUUUUAUUCUAACACGUCUGUAUUUAAAAUAUUUCUAAAAACGUAGAAUAUUCUCAUAAAAGGAUUAGUGCAAACAUUUAUAGCUUUUGAUUUUAAACAGGUAGAAUAUUCAGAUGAAGGAAGUGAUCUUCUUGUGGUUUCUCAUGUAUAUAAAUUGUUCCAAGCAUUGCUAACUAUAACUCUUUAGCUUCCACUUCAGUCCCGUCACUCAAAUAAUAUUAUCCAAUAUAUUUAACGUCAACACAACCUGCUGUAAACAUAACGGUAGCAGUUUUGGACGCGUAGCACCGACAGAUAGACUUAGCUAUCUAUCUGUGCUACGGUAGGAAAAUUUGAUGAGGUAGCACUGAUAGUCAAAACACCGGAUCCCCCCCAAUCUUGGGAAAGUCUAGAAUUGAACUAACUGUUAGCUGUGACAAACAAAAAACCCUCCAGUAAGUAAAUACUUAAAGGAAAAGAUAUGCAACAUCUUUAAUUUACUUUCACUGCUCAAUAGGAAGAAACACAUUAACAAUAAAAAUAAGACAGCAGUUUGUUAUUUCAUCACUUUGGAAGAAUCAUGAUAAACUGCUUCGCUAUGCCUUAAAUCAAAACUAGCUAAACUGCUAUGUUGACUUCAUAGAAUUGGCUCUUUUUUCUGUCGAAGGUAGCUAAUAUUUCAAU